UCAGUCGUUCAGCAUUCUUUGACUUUAGAACGUUACAGCUUCUGAAUGUCGCAUCAUUGCUGCAUAGUUUGGUCGCUGUUUGCGCUGCUCAUACAGUUCAGAUUUAAUGAAAUCGUUGCAUUCGAAUGCGGGACGGUCGAUUUUGUUGAUCCGAAAAUAACAAGCGGAACUGCUACUGUUAAGGGCGCUUGGCCGUUCAUAGUUGCACUUUUCUAUGUUGACCAAUCAGCGUUCUUCUGUGCAGGCACCUUAAUCACUGCAAAGAAUGUGUUAACAGCUGCUCAUUGCGUACAUCAAAAGUAUCCUGUUAGGAAGCUCGCACCACAAGAUGUGACCGUUCUCCUCGGAGCCUAUAAUCUUGAUUUGAAAAUCGAAAGUGGCGCUCAACAAAAAGACGUGAAUGAAAUUUACGUACAUCCGGAUUGGAGUGCCUUUUCUAUUAAAUAUGAUGCGGACCUAGCGAUUCUCGUUCUAAAUGAAACAGUCGUUUUUACCAGAUAUAUCCAUCCUAUUUGUAUGCCAGUCGACGACCCACCAAUCGAUGUGAAGGGAUCGGUAGUUGGAUGGGGACUCACGGAAAACUCUACAAUGAGACCUUCAUCACAUUUACGUCUUACUACUACGAAAAUUUUGAACGAUUCGUAUUGCUAUACGACAAAGCCAAAGUUUGCAUUUGUUUCCUCGACUAGGGUAUUUUGUAGCGACGGUGAAAGUGGAUCGCCUAGUAGAGGAGACAGCGGUGGUGGUUUUUUCAUCUUGUCCGGCAAGUCUUGGGUACAAUAUGGUAUUGUUUCGGCGGGUGAAAUCGAUACAAAAGGUAAUGCUAUACCGAAUGGAUUCACAAUCUAUACAAAUGUGAGGUCCUUCAGAUAUUGGAUUGAUGAGAUGGUCAGAAAAUCUGGAUAUAGUGAGGUGUCGUUCAGAGAAAGCGAAAAAAUCGAUUUGUUGUGCAAUUAUGAGGUUGUUGGUGAACGAUUGUACCAAUGCUCAGUGAAGGCAGUGAAUGUGACAAAUCGAAAUUUUGAGAUCGACCUAUUCACUGGCACUCAUUCCCUUGGAUUUGAUACUCUGGAUGUGACCUACAUCUGGUUUUGGACCGGUACAAUGCAGUUCAUACCGUAUGGGAUUGGUAAUAUCUUCAAAAAUCUGGAGGUUUUUCGAGUUGGCUACGACGAUCGGAAUUUGGGAUUGAAACGUCUUCAACGUUCAAACUUUAAGGACAUGGAAUUGUUAGUGCAUUUGGAUGUUAGGUAUAAUGCCAUCGAAACUAUGGAUGAAGAUACACUACACGACCUUCCAAAUUUAAAAUAUUUCGUGAUCAACAAUAACAAGCUGAAAGUGUUGCAUAAAAACACUUUCGGAAGGAACCACAAACUUAAGCAAAUCAACGCUAAUUCAAACCAGUUGGAAAUCUUGCCGAUCGAUCUGUUUGAAAAUAAUGCUAUGCUCGAGGAAGUUAAUUUCAAACACAAUAAUUUGAAGAAAAUUUCGACCAGUUUUACGCAUCUACUAUCUGUAAGGAAAAUCGAUUUCCAUGGAAAUCAUUGCAUUGAUAAAGUACUUGAUGAUGUUGAUAAUGUGACGGAAUUUCAGACUCUUUUGAAGUAUCAAUGCAAUGGAGUUGAGAAUUGAUUUUUUUUAAUAUGAAAAAU